AGCAAUGUCAUGUACAUAGAAUGAUGAUAUGUAAUGUCAACACCAUGAUCAAGGACUCUACGCAAAGUGGACACUUCCUCACGUUGAUUCACCUUUGACAAAGAGGACGACCGCUGUUUCCACGCUUGACCUGAAGGAGCGACUCAAGAUUAGCUCUAUGUCGCGAUGUCAUCACGUGCCGCAUUCCCUAGCGCGUCCUUUACGCGUUUCCAACCUUCUGCCGCAAUACAACUCGCUGCAGUCGCUGCGCAUAGAAACACAGCGUCCCAAUUGGACCAUCCGGGGCGUGUCUCGCAGACACACUACUUGAACAAUGCCCAAAAUGCCGCCACGCAAAGAGCAGAAGGAGACGGUGGUGUACGCAGCAUCCAAGCGGAAAGCUCCACCCUUCAAGCCACAACGACCAUCGAAAGUGCCGCGAGUCAGCACGACGGAGUCCGAGAGCUCGCGAACAAUUUCCACACAUACAUCUCGUGUCAACAGCAGGCCAGCAGAAUCAAGCACCAAAGCGGCGGAAGAGGACGACGCGGACAACGACAGCGCCUCCGACGAAGAGCUAGCGGACAACCCGCUAGACAGCAAGAAGCCGCUGCCGCCGCCGGCGAAGAAGCCUCGCGGGAGACCACCCUCAACCACCGCGAAGAGCAAAGCAGUAGCACCGCGCAACCCCUCGCCCCUACGCGAUUCAUCGCCAGACCUCCCACCCUCCUCACCUCCCGUCCCAGUCGACCUACCACCUCCCCUCACCCCACUCUCCGACCCAACACGGAUCCCGCAACCCCUUCUCGUCCGUCUCCUGCACGAGCACUUUGUGGACAAACAGACGAAGAUCGACAAGCACGCCGUGAGGGUGCUGCAGAAGUACAUGGAGGUGUUUGUGCGCGAGGCCAUUGCGCGGGCGGCGGUGGGGAAGAGGGAGGCGGUGGAGAGGGAGGAGGCGAGCGUGGAGGAUGUUGGGUGGUUGGAGUUGGAGGACUUGGAGAAGGUUGCUGGGGGGAUGAUGUUGGAUUUUUGAGUGGGUCAUCCGUCUCCGUCCGUGGGUGGUGGGUUAUGUGUGUGAUGAUG